CCGCGCCGCAUCGUGCUGGUGCGCCACGCGCAGUCCAAGGGAAACGUGGACCCCUUCCUGUAUGAGCACACGCCCGACCCCAGCGUGCCGCUGACGGCCACGGGGUGGCAGCAGGCGGUGGAGGCGGGUGAGAAGCUCAAGGCGGCUGUGGAGGCAGACGGCUGCCCAGCCCGCCUCUUCUUCUACACCUCCCCCUACCUCCGUUGCAAGCAGGGCAUGGUGCAGGCGUUUGCGCCUGAGCAGCUGCUGGGGGUGCAGGAGGAGGUGCAGCUGCGGGAGCAGGACUUUGGGAACUUCCAGGAUGCGCAGGGCAAGCGGCGGGAGAAGCUGGAACGGCUGCGCUUUGGACGCUUCUUCUACCGCUUCCCGCACGGCGAGAGCGGCGCCGACGUGUACGACAGGAUGACCUUGUUUGAGGACCACCUGGUGCGCGACAUCAAUGCCGGGCGCUUUGGCCAGGGCUGCACCCUGGUGCUGGUCACGCACGGCCUCGCCGCUCGCAUCUUCCUGCAGAGGUGGUUCCAUUGGACCGUGGACGACUUUCUGGCGGUCUAUAACCCUCCCAAUGCCGAG